AUGAGGCUAAUCUUCCAUCUCAUCACAUACUGCUCCGUCGUAGUGACGGCGUACUCGCACCACUGGCAGGCCCCCGGUCCAAAUGACAGCCGCGCUCCCUGCCCGAUGCUCAACACGUUGGCAAACCACGGCUAUAUCCCUCACAACGGACUCAACGUGUCGAAAGAACAAUUCCUCGCUGCCUUUGAUGAAGCCAUUCACGUCGAUCCCAACGCCAUUGCUUCGGUUGUGGAUCUGGGCUUGACACUGUCCACAACGGGCAACCCGAAUACGCUCAACCUGCAGGAUCUUGCCAAGCAUGGAGAAGAAAUACCCCAGAAGCUGGCUUACAUGACUAUCCGACCAGCAAUCGAGCAUGAUGCCAGUCUCAGCAGACUCGACGCCGCUCUCGGAGACAACCUCCACUUCAAUCCCCGGGUCUGGGCCGAGACCUCGUCCAAGUUCACCAAUAGCAUCAUCUCGGUACAGGACGCCGCCGCCGCACAUCGGUACCGCAUAGCGCAGAACCGUAUCGAGAACCCGGGCUUGUCCUUCGGGCAGAAGGAGGCGGGCUUCAGCUACCUCGAGACGGCGAUCUACAUGUCCGUCUUUGGCAAUGCGACGGGCAUAAACGUCCAGCGGCGAUGGGUCAAGACUUUCUUUGAGCAUGAACGUUUGCCCUGGGAGCAGGGUUGGGUCAAGGCCACGAUUCCUAUCGUUAGGGAGCAUGUCGACAAUCUGAUUGCACAACUGGUAGCGGAUGACAAUGCAAACAACGAGAUGUAA